CCCAAAUUCAUCACAACUCAAACCCUAAAAUUCAAAACCCUACAAUCCCAAGACUAAGAAGUAGCAAUGGAGAGAGUGACAAAGAUGGUUGCAGAGAGACCGGUGGUGAUAUUCAGCAAGAGCACAUGCUGCAUGUGCUACUCAGUCAAGACCCUCUUCUCCGAAUUCGGUGUCAAUCCGGCCAUCCACGAACUAGACGAGAUCCCAAGGGGGCGUGAGAUCGAGCAGGCCCUGACCCGUCUCGGCUGCAACCCUUCCUUCCCGGCCGUUUUCAUUGGCGGCGAACUUGUAGGCGGCGCCAACGAAGUCAUGACCCUUCACCUUAAGCGUUCCUUAAUCCCCAUGCUCAAACGCGCCGGCGCCCUAUGGCUCUGACUCUCUCUAUAUAUAAAAGAUAACAAUAAUAAUAAACACAGCUUAGAUAGACUGCCUAGGUUUUCUUAUAAUGGUGGUCUAGCUAUCUAACUGAAAAAUAUAUAUAACCGCUCUAUCAAUCCUUUUUGUUUUUUUUACUUGUUGGGAGUUCAUGUGUAACCACUUGGAGUUUUGAUAAUAAAUAGUAAUAGAGUACUUGUUCU